UUCGCAGUCUGGCCACACUGACAUUCUCUUGUCUUCAUUCUGCAAUAAAAACAAAGUCCCAUUACGUUUUACGCCACAAAUAGCAACAAAUUAACGAUGCAGCGACAAAUGAUUAAUAUCCUGACGCGCCGUCUGGGAACUGCCCAGCAGAUGCGACCGUUGUCAGUUACCGCACAGCGUCGAGAGAUCUUCAAAGUACAGAGCGCCGAGGACUUCGACAAGAAAGUGAAGAACAGCCAGCAACCCGUUGUUGUGGACUUUUUCGCAACCUGGUGCAACCCCUGCAAGCUGCUGACCCCGCGUAUCGAGAAUGUCGUGGGCGAACAGAAAGGAUCCAUCAAAUUGGCUAAAGUCGACAUAGAUGAGCACAGCGAAUUGGCUCUGGACUAUGAUGUGGCCGCUGUUCCAGUCCUGGUGGUGAUGCAGAAUGGCAAGGAAGUGCAGCGCAUGGUGGGCCUUCAGGAUGAGGACAAAAUCCGUGCCUGGGUUGCCGCCGCCGUCAAGCAGACGAAGCAGUAAGGGAUUUCUCUAGAGGAGUUGCCCGCAAAGAUGAAGCCAAGCUUUAAGUUAAUUCGGACUUUCGAAAUAAAUGUUUAUUUACCCCGUUGAAACAACAGAAAAAUAACCUAAGCUAUACAGUUAUAAAACCUAAAUGGAAAA